GGAAUAGCCAUUUUUAUGGUUAUUUUCGGGUCGAUCCGACUCGACGACUACUUCGGUCAAGUUAAUAAUAGGUUUAAUAAAAGAUUAAGUUGUGUUGUUAAUGUAGACUAUUGAUAAACGGCAAAAUAUGGCGCGAUCGCGUAGAGUAGGAAGUAUUUAACCGUUUCUGCUAUUUGUUAGUAUCCGCGGAUCGUAAAAUUGCAAUAAUGUGGCGUGUUGGUAAGGAAUGUGUAACUUGUUGAAAGUCGUCAUAAUAACAAAUAGCGGGGGGAGGCACGUCUCUUCCUAGGCUAGAUGUGCAUUUACAGGGCGGGGGGCAGCGGCACGUCGCGUCCGUCGGCGCUGCCUGGCUUUGUCAACCUUCCUGUCAUCAGAAAAAAGGCAGCUAGGCGGAGCCAGGAUGUCGCAAUCGCAGGCAGGCAGCAUCAUUAACUUGAAACCCUACUGUAAAGCGAGUAAGGGAUAUUAGACAUUACUGUCCUAUACCCAGGGUCGACGCAGUUUGCCUGCUGCUUGGAGAUCGACCGACUCAGGCUGGAGGCGACACCCGAAGUGGAUCGUCUGACUAAUUGGAUUAAGCCGCCUGUUCUGGCCUGGGAAGCAAAUCGUUUUUUUUCAUGUUAAUUUAUUUACGCAUCUCCGACAAUAAGCACUGCUGCUUUCCAACGUAUGAUAAAGAGACGCCAGCUGGACAUCCGACUCUCACUGUCGCCUUUUUAAAGUUUGAUCGCGAGCAAGGAAAAAGCGGGACAGGACGACGAUAAGUGCUGCCAUACCCCUCCGGUGGAUCGGUGUGCAUCUGAAAUAUCGGGAGCUGGGAUUGAUAGCUAAUUCAGCGGGAAUAGCGAACAAAGAGCCCCGUAAGGACAACAAAAGCCAGCACCGGUGCACGGUGAAAACUACGCAAGUCCGCUACUACAAAGCCACCCACGACCAUUUAAGUCGAUCGCAACCAUAUAUGACUGGGCAGCCUUUUCUUUUCUUUGGGAAAGUUCCGGAUACGUUUAACAAUCGCAAAAACCAAAGGCGACAAUUUAACGUAUAGCUCUUUCAUCACUUUUUUUUUACAGUGGAAUCAAGAAAAAAAAAUCGCCAUUAUCUUUAUACUGUCUAGUUUUUUUCGAUCUUGUAUCGAAAGUAACACUUGAAGUUUUUUUAUUUUUAAAUUUGAUCUUAGCAACAUUUAUCUUUUUGGGAAUGUUUUUUUGAGAAAAAUAGAACACUGACAAACGGGAAUUGCCGUAGCAUUUGUGCGUUUUUUUGGAGAAGAGCAGAUGCCUUUGUCUUCCACGGACGAGAUGAGUGUGAACCUGCAGCCUGGCCCAUGCACUCUUCCUCUGCGCCUGAAGCGUGUGGAUUUCGAGGAACCCCUCGACACUGACACCCCAAAAUGCAAGCGCCCUCGCCUGAGCCAGCCUCCCUCUCCAGGCCUGGCCCCGUGCCUCCGUCCUUUGACCCAGAGCCCAAGGCCCAGUGGAGGGCAGCAGCCCAGCGCCUCCCGGAUUGGUCCCUACAUCCUCUUGGAGAAGAUGGAGGGCUCACAGAUCCAUAGGGCCGUGCACAGUGUCACGGAGAAGGAGUACACUUGCAAGGUGUUUCCCAUGAAGAAGUAUCAGGAGCUGAUCGCCCCCUACGCUCUCCUGUCGCCGCACGAGAACGUGGUGCCCGUCUCGGAGGUGGUGACUGGCGAGCGCAGCGCCUACGUCUUCUUUGAGCGCAGCCACGGCGACAUGCACUCGUACGUGCGGACAUGCAAGCGGCUGCCGGAGGACGAGGCGGCCGGGCUUUUCCGGCAGAUGGCGGCCGCUGUGGCCCACUGCCACUGCAGUGGCGUCGUGCUGCGCGACCUCAAGCUGCGCAAGUUCGUCUUCACCGACAGGCAGAGGACGAAGCUGGUACUGCAGGAUUUGGAGGACUCGUGCAUCCUUAAAGGGGAGGACGAUUCCCUGACUGACAAACAUGGCUGCCCGGCCUACGUCGGGCCAGAGAUCCUCAACUCGCGGCACUCGUACUCAGGGAAGGCGGCGGAUGUGUGGAGCCUCGGCGUUGUGCUGUACACCAUGCUGGUGGGCCGCUACCCCUUCCAGGACGUGGAGCCUGCAGCUCUCUUCGGCAAAAUCCGCCGGGGGGUGUUCACAGUGCCGGACUCGCUCUCUGCCAGCGCCAAGUGCUUGGUGAGAUGCAUGCUGCGGAAGGCCCCCUCAGAGAGACUGGAGUCCAGUGACGUUCUGCUGCACCCCUGGCUGAAUUCUCCCAGCCCCUUGGCCCCCAGCAGCCACCUCACCCCCAGGAACUGCACGGACCAAGUCGUACCAGACUUUGGGAAAAAUGAAGAUGAGGACUUUCUGUAAUUCAAAGUAAAGUGAAUGAAAUAGACUUUCUUAAAGCCUACAUUUCCCUCUUCGUGUUCUCCGGUGGUGAGAGUAAUGUUUCACCUGCAUAAAACAAAAAUAGAUUCUCUGUCAAUGGAGAACCACGCAAAGCUGACAGGGGAAAGACGAGAAGUCUUUUCUGAGGCAUUUUUAGGAUUGUAAUGUGUUCAUUGUGGUUCAGCGAUUAUCCUCGAUGUAGCUGAAGUUGACAAAACACCUGACAAGACCAGUGGCUUCACGUCUGCUGCUCGGACCUGCGAUAGCGACAUUCUGCGACCUUCCGCUUAAACUGAAAACGAUCCUCUCCCGAAUCCAGUCACCCGCCAUUGCAUCGUCCAGCCAAUUCAUACCAGUAUUUAACCCUUUAUGUAGUCUUUUCCAUUUCGAGAGCGAGCAAAACUGUCGGUGGAAGAGGCCUGUGAGAGACAAUUCGUCUCUAGGUCUAAGGUGGCCGGUGUGAGUUACCUCUAAUGUUAACCAAUCCUGGAAUACUUGAUGCACAAGAAUAUUUGUGCCCUUUUUAGUACUGUUUGCAUAGUUUGCAGUGGAAAAACUAGAUCUGACUGUUUUUAAGUGCCUUUUUGUCUUCUAGUUCCUGUUUUACCCCUUAUUUAUCCUCACCAGACAUAGACAGAACCAAAUAUGAGGUGCUUUUUGUAACCAAAGAAUCGUCUGUAGCUUUCGUCAGUGUAUAGACCUCUGUAAACUGAACCCUUUUUUCAUUGUGGAUGGCAAUAGGUUGACAUUCUGCCUGUAACAGUGAAAAUGACCCAUUCGUUGAAGUGCAGGGUUGCUUUUUGUAUGAAGAAUGUGCUCUAUGUCGUCCUGUGCAUGCCGUCUCAGUUCCCAAAUAGGUCCACCAUAAUGUCCGUGUCUGCGCCACUCUGGGGAGGAUCUGGAUGAGGGUGACAGUGAACUGGUACCUGUACAAAACCCCAGUCUAAAGCUGGUGGAGUCACGGUUUGCGGACCGUAGUGAGGCAUUACGAAGAAUCGGACCUGGAACCUGCAUAACUCCCUGUGUGUCCCCCCCCCGUUAUUGUUCUUGCAUUCACAUCACCACCUUUUUUUUGUGAAUUUUGUAAAUAAACUUAUUAUGCAGAGAAAAUGCACACUACAUGGUUGUUUUUGUUUUGGGGGUGUGUAAUAAGUCCCUUAAAAUAAGUGUAUAUUUUUUGUUGUUGCCAAUAAGAAAUAAAAAUCCAAAAAAGCCAA